AUGGAUAAAUCUUGGGACAUUAUUGUCUGGACUCAAGAAAACAGCAUUGAUUAUGUUCCAUCGUCAUGGGGAAAUUUUGAAAGAACCCAAUUCAAAUAUCCAAAAAAUUGCAGCAGCACAAAAAUUAGGAAAAUGAUAGACUCUUGUCUCGAACCAGAAAAUUUUACUUGGUUGGAUGCUGUAUGCAAAGCCACAUCUGUCAAGGAUUUGGCUAUGGCUAAAGAAAUGUGUGACAAGGGCCAGUACACUUCAAAUUUAGAAAGCUCAGAGAAUGAUGGUCCACACAAGCGACGUAGGAAGAGAAAAAAAUUGUUGUAUGAAUCAAGUGAAUCAUCUUCAGAUGAUACAUCAUCCAAGACAUCAUCUCCACUUCAAGUUUCACAGGAAUCACAGGCUGGUUCAACAAAACGUUAUACAGCAAAAGCUAACAAAAAAGGAAAUUUGUUAGGUUUCAAGAGAGAAGCAUUUACAACUCCAUCUUCAAAAAAUGACAGCCCUGCCAUUGCUGUAGCAGUGAAUGCUCAUGACCCGGCUCAUGAUCAAAUCAACAAUAAUAUUAUACAUGAGAAUCCCUCAAAUAGAUUUCAGCGUUCAAAUGACGAAAAUUUGACUCCAAAAAACGGGAUCCAGCCUAAAUCAAGUCAGGCUCGACCUCGAAGCAGACUUCGGUAAUAGUAGCAAAGGUGCCCAAUCUGAACCCUCCACUCCGAAACCAAAUGAACUUUCAAAAGUUUUGGAGGAAAUUCAAUUUCACAUGGCGGAAAAUACAAAGAUUCUUAAACGCUUGGAUGCCUUUAUGAAUACGAAAGAAAAUUUCAAUAAUGCAGACAAUCUAGUUGGUAAUGAGCUGAUUUAUGCUGAAAAACUCCCUUGCAAAACGCAAGGUGAGUUGGAAGACAUCAACUCAUUUAUAACAAAUGGACGUCAAAAUUUCAAAGAACUGGUGAACUAUUUGUAUCUUUUGGGUGGAUCUACCGCACAUAAGGCUGUAUAUACAAUGAUGUCCAAAAUAUUUGACAAAAAACUAGCCUUGCAAUAUUCUGGACAAGGCAAGAAGAAAAAACUUCCCUUCUGUUCUCUCAAGAUAUAUGAAGCUAUUAUAGCAUCUACUCGUAAACGACAUCCUACGGAGAGUGAAGACGGGAUAAAAAAGUCAGUGGCUUUGUUUUUGGCAACUGCCAAAUCAAGAUUGGGCAAGGAACCAAAUGUGACGAAUGUUAACGAACCACAGGAUAGCGAAGGGCAGGAAGAAGAAGAAGAUUUCUGA